AUGGCAUGGCUGAUAAGCUUAAUUGUUCUUCUUUCACUAGUUUUCAUCUUGAAGAGCGUGAUAAUGCGGAGGGCAAAUAUUGAGAAAAGUGGGACAGAAAAAGCUUCAACAAGCAGUACCUUGGCCACGAAUUCUGUUGGUUCUACUCAAAACCAAAAGAACAAGACAAAGGUCAUUUUCGUGAUGGGUGCAACAGCUACCGGUAAAUCCAAACUUUCCGUUGACCUCGCAACCUAUUUCUCGGGCGAAAUCAUCAACUCGGAUAAAAUACAAGUUUAUGAAGGUUUGGAUAUCAUCACUAACAAAAUAACAGAGGCGGAGGGUCGUAGUAUACCACAUCACAUGAUAGGCUUUGUUGAUCCUAACGAAGACUUCACUGUAGAUGACUUUUGUCACCAUGCAUUGCAAAAUAUUGAUAUUGUUUCCAAGAAAGGACGACUCCCCAUUAUUGCCGGAGGGUCAAAUUCUUAUUUAGAGACACUGGUGGAGGAUUCAAAAUUUAAGUUCCAAGACAAUUUUGAAUGUUGCUUCAUCUGGUUAGAUGUCUCCAAGUCUGUAUUGUACAAGCGAGUAGCGAACCGAGUUGAUGAAAUGGUUGAAGCAGGUUUGGUGGAGGAAGUUCGAGGGACGUUUGUUCCCGAAGCUGAUUAUACCAAAGGAAUUCGACGGGCUAUUGGGGCUCCAGAGAUGCACGACUACUUUAUGCUUGAGAAGGACACAAACAUUGAUGAUUCUACCAAAAACGAGAAACUGGCUCAUGCCAUUGAAGAAAUUAAAGUUAACACUUGUAAGCUGGUGGAUUCUCAAUUCCAAAAGAUUCAACGGCUGAGGGAGGAACUUGGGUGGAAAAUGCACCGAAUUGAUGCGACAUCCGUGCAUGAGAAAUGCGGCAAGGAUGCUGAGGAUGAAUGGAUGAAGGAAGUGCUGGAGAAAACUAUAACAAUAGUGGAUGAGUUCUUAAAGUAG